AUGACUGUGGAGAACUUGCUGCCACUGUUUGUGACUAAGGUUAAAAGGCAUGCGCUUUUGGGGCCUACUCCGCCAACUGUCCUCCCAAGAAGUGUUGUUGGGAGUUUUGUCCCAGAAACAGAUCCAGCCAUAGGGAUGAAUGAGCAGGCCCCUACUAAUAUAGAUGAGGAUAAUAGGGUUGACAAUGGAUUUGACCAGUUCAAUGAGUUUGAUGGUGCAUUUUACAACAAUGAUCCUAUAGUAGAUUUGAACGAGGAUGGUGAUGCGGAGUUGGAAGUUCAUGAACCUAUAGAGGUACCUUCUUUAAGGUUAGAACUACCUCCACCAUCUCCACCACGUCCAAGGGAGCAAAGGAAAGACCAAGAAAGAAGAACCCCUCGGAGUGAAAAUCACGAAACACUGUGCACCCGCAGCGCCGCCUGGGAAAUAUAUGUUGGCAAGCUGUAUACAAAUAAGACUGAAUUGAAAAAUGUGGUUGGAAGGUUUGCAUUGAAAAUGAAUUUUGAGUUCAUGGUGAAGAAGUCUGGGACCGAUGUUUUUUAUGCAACUUGCAGGGGUUCAGAUUGCAAAUGGAGAGUGAGGGGGAGGAAGAGGGCACGUUGUGACAUGUUUGAGGUUACUGUAUUCCACAACGAACACACAUGUAGCCUGGAUUCUAGACAUGCUGAUAACCGUCAAGCAGCACCGUGGGUUGUUGGCCACCUCUUUAAGAACAAGUUCAAAUCAGAUGGAACUAAGUACAAAGCUAAAGACAUACAAAGGGAUAUGUUUCAGGAGUAUGGGAUCAAGAUGAGCUAUGAGAAGGCUUGGAGGUGCCGAGAGAAGAAGAAUCCAGGUACUAUUACAGACAUUAUCACAGAGGAUAACAGGUUCAAGUACUGUUUCUUGUCACUGGCUGCUUGUAGGAGGGGAUUUAAGUUUUGUCGUCCUGUGAUUAGUAUCGACGGCACGUUCUUGAAGACAAGGUUUGGGGGCACAAUGCUAGUUGCUGUAGCGUACGAUGCAAAUAGCCAACUGUUUCCGAUUGCCUUUGCAAUUGUUGACAGCGAGAAUCAUGACUCUUGGAAGUAUUUCUUGCAGAAGUUAAAGGAAGCGAUUGGGGAGGUUGAAAACUUAGUGUUUGUAUCGGAUAGGCAUCAAAGCAUUGAACAUGUUGUCGAGGUUAUUUUCCCCGAAGCAUGCCACUGUGCAUGCUACAAACAUAUUUCUAUGAAUGUCACCCACAAGUUCAAGACUGAUGUAUGUAACACGCAAAUAUGGCUGGCCGCUUACGCAUGGUCGAAGAGGGAAUGUGAUACACAUUUGCAGGUGCUCCGACAGAUGGAUCCUCCCAUCGCUGCUUAUGUUGACAAUAUAGGAUUAGAAAAAUGGGCUCGUCCUUAUUGUCUAGGAGACAGGUACAACAUCAUGACAAACAACGCUGCAGAAAGCCUUAACAACGUGACUGAAGAAUUCCAGGCAUAUCCAAUAACUACUAUAGUUGAGUUCAUAAGGUUCACACUACAAAAUUGGUUUGCUAACCGUCUCGAGAAGGCAAGUAAGUGUGUUACCCCUUUGGCAACUCAUUUUGAGGAAGAUUUGAUAAAGCAACACGAGGAUGGUAGACGUAGAAGUGUCCUACGUAACGGUGCACAAUUGUUUAAUGUUGGAAGAGGUGCUGACGGUUCUGACUUUGAAAAAGGCGGAGAUGUAAACUUAGUUGAGAGAACAUGCACUUGCGGCAUGUUCCAAUUGUUGAAAAUUCCUUGUCCCCAUGCAUGUGCCGCAGUGCUUACUCAGAAUGUCAGUCUCUACGCUCUGUCAUCCCCAUAUUACACAAAGGAGACGUGGAAGAAUACUUACGAUGCAACAAUUAAUCUUGUGGGCGAGGAGGAUGAAUGGGUGCUUCCAGAACACUUGCAGAACAUGAGAAUCGGUGUACCAGUGGAGAAGAAACCUGUAGGUCGUCCAAUGCAGGAAGACUACGGACUAACCGAUUUCCAUCGAACGGUCAGAAAGUCAAGGAACCACGUAAAUGUUCAAACUGUGGCGCAUUGGGACACAACAAAGCUACUUGCAAGGCCAGGGUUUGAGCAUCAUUUUCGUUUUUGA